AUGAGCCAGCCGAAGCUGAACAAGUUUCGCACCUUCGACGUGCUUUUGCCUUGGCUGCUGGAGCCCUGUGAAACCGAGGUCUUUGUGGAUACAAAUUAUCAUAGUACCUUUGAGAGCAUUGAGUUUUGGCCAACGGAGGACGGCGUGUGUCGACAGUGUCCUCUUCUGUAUGUCCCCUUCCAGGGUGCUUCUAAGCGAGCAUGCCCCGCUGCAGCAGUCAGGCCUUGCUUCGAUGAGACCUACACCUGUGAGCGCUGUUGCAACGUGAAGAAAUAUGGACCUCGAGGAGACCGGGAGUGUUGGCGUCGAGAUCGGCCUUUCGAAGUGGCAAAGCGCUUGCCCAGUGGUUCGGCAGCCUAUCCUGUGCCUGAGGAUGUGAUUCAGCGCAUGAUCGAUGCUACAGCUGAUCAAGGCCCGGAAGCCAAAGACGUUGUCUUGAGCUCUCUGGGUCCGCAGGCCGAUCCGGAGCCGAAUCCAAAAGUCUUCUCCUACGAGAUGUGUUGCGCUGGCAUGGUCAGAGAGGUGGUGACUAUGCCACCAGUUGGGGGGCCGCAUUUGUCCAAUUUCCUCCAUCUUCAAAACGAAGGUGAAUAUUGGAGCCAAGAUACGGAGCCGCCACCAGCGCCGGCCAAGGCUCCAGUUUGCGCAACGAUGGCUGAACUCUAUGAGGAUAGCGGUGGAGGAGUGGUGAAUGUGGCCCAGGAGGAGUGCAACAUGUCGGCUGUGAAUGUGCUGCAGGGCUGGAGCUUCUUGGGGCAGAUCAGCGGGUCACAGGUUCUGAUGGGCCAGCUGGUGGGAACUGUGACAACUGACGAAGUCAGGCGAAGAUCCGAAUGUGCCUCGCAUGCGCCUCAUGAAGCAAGGGAAGGAAAGCCUUUGGAGAUCAAAGGCUUGGAUGGAUCUACCUUUGAGCUGCAGGUUGACAAUGAUGCAACUGUGGAAGACAUGUACAGAUACACCUCGGAGAAAAUUGGCCUGAAACCAGGCAGAAAAUUGUUGCUGACUUCGGGCUGCACGUUCCUGGAUUAUUCCAAACUGCUGCUGGAGCAAGUGCAGGGUCCGGCGAGCAGCGAGCCGCGUCGGGGAGACAAAAAAAGUCACGAGCCAUGCGCCCUGCGCUGGAAGCAUGGCUGUAGCAGGGCACUCGCGGAAUGCUUUGGUUUGAGUUGUAGCUGCGACGUGAGGGCCGCAGACGCCGCGGAAAUUAAAAUCACGAGCGACGCUCCAGAGGCAAUCGUGGUGAAAGUUGUAGCUACUCCCAGCACCACCACAGGUGCUGAGAGUUUUGGAGAUUCUUCACCCGUCAGUGUGUUUGCACGCGUCCCGACCGAGGCAUCAUUUUGCCUGACCAAGCAUCCCACCUCUGCCACCAGUGCCACGGGUCUGACGGCUUUUGGAGUCUGUCACCAAGAAGACGAGGAGAACCAGCUGGUAGAAUGGCCUGACAAGGCGCCUCUGGAAGAAGACCAACCUGUGGCCGAUUCGCUCCGAAGGCGGAUGGCCAAGGCCAAGCUGUCCUUGGAAGCUCUGCGAGAACGAGUGCAGGAAGAACUCCUGGACCGUCCAGCGCAGACUCAAGCAGAGGAGCGUGAGAUGAGCUUCUGCACGACAUCCACUAUGAUGAGAUAUCUCUGUGCCAGCGAUGGCGACGCGAACAAGGCGUUGAGGGCCAUGAAGGACUCCAUGGAGUGGCGACGGAGGAAUCUCCAAGAGCAUCUUUUCCUCGAGGGGGCAAAGUUACCAACUUGCCGCUCAUGCUUGAAAGACCCUCUGUCGCAUUGCUUCCUGUGCAUUGGCCAGGACGUUCUGGGCCGCCACGUCAUCUAUUCCUGCACGGGCCGUGCUGCCAACAAGACGCCGGAGGAUGGCAUUGAGCACAUGGCCACAGAGCUCGAGAGGCUGUUCCAGAACUCUUCGAUGCCAGGACAAAUUGCUUGGGUCCUGGAUUUCGCGGGCUUCGGCCUGGCGGAUUGCAAUCCCAAAGUGGCCGCUCUGGCGCUGCCGAUGUUCGCCAGCCACUACCCUGAACGCUUCGGGCAGAUCGUGUGCUUGAGCUUUCCCUAUGCCUUCUAUCCACUCUACGCAGCUGGAAGUAGGAUCUUAGACAAAGACACCAUGGCCAAAGUGAAGAUUCUCAAAAGCGACAAGGAGUGGAAACGCUACGGCGAUGCCUAUUGGAGUAAUGAUCCAGGGAUGAGGUCUUGGCUCGACGAAGCUGUAAAGUGCAAAGGAGUCCCUGGAAGUUUUCCUGGCCCCGACUUCACGGAGCAACUGAGGCGCACGCCCGCCACGGAAAACGCUAUCAGGAUCUUGGAACGAUGUGCCACACACCCUGGGUGUCACAAGGAUCACAAGCAUUGA